AUGAAUAAAAAUACAUUUUCUGUAGUAUCAUCCAGUCUACUUGAAAAGGAUCCUGCCUUUCAGAUGAUUACAGUUACCAAGAAAACAGGCCUUGGUCUGAAGAUCCUAGGAGGAAUUAACCGGAAUGAAGGUCCAUUGGUAUAUAUUCAGGAAAUCAUUCCUGGAGGAGACUGUUAUAAGGAUGGACGUUUGAAACCAGGAGAUCAACUUGUCUCAAUAAACAAGGAGUCUAUGAUUGGUGUAUCAUUUGAAGAAGCAAAAAGCAUAAUUACCAGAGCCAAGUUGAGGUCAGAAUCUGCUUGGGAGAUAGCAUUCAUAAGACAGAAAUCUGACAGCAGCCAUUUAGAAAAUCCAUCUUGUUCAUCCCAUUUACAAGCUACAGGAGAAUACAGACCUCAAGCCUCAAAAUUUAGCCUUAUUUCUUCUCCUCCUGAAAUACUAAUUCCAAAGACCUCAUCCACUCCCAAAUCUACAGAUGCCAUUUUACCUUCUUUUAGGAGGAAUCAGAUAAAAACUGGAUACAAGAAAACAGAAGAGAUUCCAUUUAGUUCUUCAGACAACAGCCCUACAGAUAUGUCUAAUACAGAUAUUGCUCCUGCUUGGACUGAUAACUAUGGGUCACAAGGAAAGAAGAUUUCCCUAAGUCCAUCUGUUCGCGUUAAGGUAGAGAAACUGGAAAUGGCUCUAAAUUAUCUUGGAAUUCAGCCCACAAAAGAGCAACACCAAGCCCUGAGACAGCAAAUACAAGUAGACCCAAAGGGGACAGUGUCUUUUGGAGAUUUUGUCCACGUUGCCAAAAACUUGUUUUGCUUGCAAUUGGAUGAAGCCAAUGUUGAUGCACAUGAAAUUACCAGCAUAUUAAAUUCACAGAUUUCUCAAGAGACAGGUGAUUCCUUAGAAACAGAUGAAACGGAAAAGCUUAAGCGUGAAAGAAAUGACGCCUUGGAAGAAGUGAAUGCACUUAAGGAAAAAUUAUUUGAAUCGGAAAGGCAGAGGAAGCAAUUGACAGAAGAACUCCAGAAUGUGAAACAAGAAACCAAAGCUGUGGUCGAAGAAACAAGAGCCCUGCGAAGCCGGCUUCAUCUUGCCGAAGCUGCACAGAGACAGGCCCAUGGGAUGGAGACGGACUACGAGGAAGUGAUCCGUCUGUUAGAGGCUGAGAUUACAGAGCUGAAGGCUCAGCUUGCUGAUUAUUCUGACCAAAAUAAAGAAAGUGUUCAGGAGUUAAGAAAGAGGAUCACAGUACUGGACUGCCAAUUGCGAAAAUCAGAAAUGGCUCGGAAAACUUUUGAGGCAUCCACUGAAAAGCUUCUCCAUUUUGUAGAGGCUGUUCAAGAUGUAUUUUCUGAUAAUUCUGCACCUUUGUCAAAUUUAAGUGAAAGAAGAGCUCUGUUAGCUUCCCAGACAUCCCUCACGCCAUUGGGAAAGAAUGGACACAACAUCCCAGCAACACUGGCACUUGAGUCCAAGGAACUUGUUAAAUCUGUCCGUGCCAUACUUGAUAUGGAUUGUCUACCUUACGGGUGGGAGGAAGCUUACACAGCAGAUGGAAUCAAGUACUUCAUCAAUCACGUAACACAGACUACAUCCUGGAUGCACCCCGUGAUGAGCGCACUGAACUUGUCCUGCUCAGAGGAGAAUGAAGAGGAUUAUUCCAGAGAACCUCCCGACCAGAGGAACUGA